ACAGGGCCAGUGGCCAAAAGACGGCGAGGGAGACUGCCUUGGCUGUCGGGGGGAGCGUCGCGCUGUUUCUCCAUGGUGCUUUACGCUGCUUUCUGGUCUCCGAGGCAGCGGGGGGCUCAGCAGCCUGGAAGAUGGCGGAUGCCGAGGAAGGCUUCGGGCUGCCCAACACGCCAGUAGAAUCCGAGACGAAGGAGCUGGCCAGCGAAGGCAAGCCGGACAGCCAACUGGGGGCCAGCAGCAAGCAGCCCGCCUCGCCCCAGGCCGCCUUCACCCAACAGGGCAUGGAGGGAAUCAAGGUGUUUUUGCACGAACGGGAAUUGUGGCUGAAAUUUCACGACGUGGGGACAGAAAUGAUCAUCACCAAAGCGGGAAGGCGUAUGUUUCCCAGUUACAAAGUGAAAGUCACAGGACUCAACCCCAAAACCAAGUACAUCCUGUUGAUGGACAUUGUUCCCUCCGAUGACCACAGAUACAAAUUUGCAGACAACAAAUGGUCAGUUACUGGGAAAGCGGAACCAGCCAUGCCUGGAAGAUUAUACGUCCAUCCAGACUCACCAGCCACCGGUGCCCACUGGAUGAGGCAGCUGGUUUCCUUCCAAAAACUCAAACUCACCAACAAUCACCUUGAUCCAUUCGGGCAUAUCAUCCUCAACUCGAUGCACAAAUACCAGCCGCGGCUCCAUAUCGUCAAGGCGGACGAGAACAACGGCUUCGGCUCCAAAAACACGGCCUUCUGCACCCACGUCUUUCCGGAGACGGCUUUUAUCGCCGUGACCUCUUACCAGAAUCACAAGAUCACUCAGCUCAAGAUUGAAAACAACCCCUUUGCAAAAGGCUUUAGAGGCAGCGAUGACAUGGAGCUGCACAGAAUGUCGAGAAUGCAAAGCAAAGAGUAUCCAGUGGUUCCCAGGAGCACGGUCAGACAGAAAGUAGCCUCCAGCCACAGCCCUUUCAGUGGGGAGACCCGUGCUCUGUCUGCCUCUUCUAACAUCGGCUCGCAGUUCCAGUGUGCAACGUUCCCGUGCACUUCCCAGUGACCUGCUACCUUGCCAACUCCUACACACCUCUGUGAUCCUGCGACCAUAGCUUCGGAGAUUUACCACUGCACCAAGAGAAAAGAUGAAGAAUGUUCUACCACAGAGCAUCCCUACAAGAAGCCCUACAUGGAAACGGCCCCUGCUGAAGACGAUUCUUUCUACCGUUCCAGCUACUCUCAACAGCAGGGGCUCAGCGCCAGCUCAUACAGGACUGAGUCAGCUCACCGCCAGGCCUGCAUGUAUGCCAGUUCUGCCCAACCCACAGAGGCCGUGCCCAGUCUGGAAGACAUCAGCUGCAGCACGUGGCCUGCCGUGCCCUCCUACAGCAGCUGCACAGUGACUGCCAUGCAGCCGAUGGAUAGACUCCCUUACCAACAUUUCUCCGCCCAUUUUACCUCUGGCCCGUUGAUGCCCCGCCUUACCACUGUCGCUAACCAUACCUCGCCGCAAAUUGGGGACACUCACGCCAUGUUUCAGCACCAAACCUCUGUCCCUCACCAGCCUAUUGCCCGGCAGUGUGGACCUCAGGCAAGCAUUCAGUCGUCUUCCAGCAGCCUCCAACCGCCAGAGUUCCUCUAUCCCCAUGGGGUGCCCCGGACCCUUUCCCCGCAUCAGUACCAUUCUGUGCAUGGAGUGGGCAUGGUGCCAGAGUGGAGCGAGAACAGCUAACAAGGUCCACCUGCAAGAGCUGCUGGGAAAUUUUGCGGCAGAACUGUCAGUGGUUUCGCGAGACUGGUUUUAGCCGAAUGUUCGUAUCCAAGCAUUCGGGAGAUGGACAGUGCCCUAUCCGGCCAGACCAUGGUAUUGUAUCUCCUCCUCUUUUAUUCCUAAAGGCCAUCCACAAACUGACCACCGUAUUUCCCCCCAACAGACCCUAUGCCCGGACACAGCCGCCACACAGAGUUUGCAUUGCUUCUGCACCUGUGCUUGCCCCGUAUAUUUCUUUUAUUUUGUUUUCAGGUGACUCACAGGAAUUUUUUUUUGCUACCUUUUGACACACAGAGGAAUGCUUGAGCAAAACAGCUAGAAUAUGUCCUUCCUCCUUCCUCCCUCCCUCCCCCCCUCCCUCCCUCCCUCCCUCCCUCCCUCCCUCCCUCCCUCCCUCCCU